UGGGAGGGCUGAUGUUUGAUUGACAGGUGAGAGAGCCAGUAGAAGCGCGCCGUGUAACAGCGGCAGCCAAUCGGGUGCAAGCAUUGACCGACAGAUGGCCGCGAGCGUGAAUUCAGUGGACGCGUUUGAAAAGCUUUGAAUUAAAUCAUGAUUUCUGGAUCAUCGCUGAUUUUAUUUGCAGCUUUCAGCGUUAGUUUAUGUGAUGACGGUCAUGAAAUGGAAGAGUUUUUAAAGAGAGAGUAUUCACUGUCCAAGCCUUACCAGGGUAUCGGUGUGUCCGGCUCGUCUCACUGGGAGCUGAUGGGAGAUGCUCUGGUCACCACUGAUUACGUGCGUCUCACUCCGGACCAUCAGAGCAAACAGGGAGCCGUAUGGAGCCGAAUACCGUGUCACCUGAGGGACUGGGAGCUGCAGGUUCAUUUUAAGGUUCACGGUCAGGGGAAGAAGAAUCUGAACGGUGACGGUCUGGCCGUCUGGUACACACAGGAGCGCAUGCAGAAAGGUCCGGUGUUUGGAAACAGGGAUUUCUUCACAGGACUCGGCGUGUUUGUGGACACGUACCCUAACGAGGAGAAACUGCUGGAGGCGCAGAGGAAGAGGUACACACCCCGCACGCAGAGGAUCUUCCCGUACGUGUUAGCGAUGGUGGGCAACGGCAGCAUCAGCUACGAUCACGAGCGCGACGGCCGGCCCACAGAACUCGGCGGCUGUAGCGCGAUGGUGCGAAACCUGAAGCACGACAGCUUUCUGUUCAUCAGAUACGUGCGGCGCAGACUCACGAUCAUGCUGGAUAUUGACGGUCAGCAGGAGUGGAGGGAUUGUCUGGAUGUUCCCGGGGUGCGUCUGCCGCAGGGCUAUUACUUCGGUGCUUCGGCCGUCACUGGAGAUCUGUCAGAUAACCACGACCUGAUCUCCAUGAAGCUCUACCAGCUGACGGUUCUGCGCAGCAAGCAGGAGGACGAGGAGCAGCAGGAGGUUCUGGUUCCCAGCGUGGAUAACAUGGAGCUGCUGAGACCGCUCACAGACGCGGAGGGCAUGAGCAGCGUCACGGUCUUCUUCAGUGUGCUCUUCUCAAUGCUGGGGGUGUUUCUGCUGCUGGUGGUGGGGCUCGUUCUGUACGGACACUGGAGCGAAAGCAGGAGGAAGCGCUUCUACUGACUUCCUGUCUGGAGUUUGUGCGCUGUGUGAACGCCGUGAAGAUCUGAGCGGCAGACCGAGAUCAGACGUGACGAGGAGAACCGACAGCUCAGAUCUGGACUCUGCUUCACAUGCCAUAUUUAUUCUUUAUUAUUUAUUUAUUGCACAGAAUGUGUACCAUCAUCUUUUUUGCCAAAAUGAUUAUCUGUCUGGAUUCAGAUGGGAAAUGUAAAGAUCUUAUGGAAUCGAGAUUAAAGUUGUUGCCUUUCCUCUAUUAUCUGCUGUAAGUGUUCUGAAGAUCUGCUGCUGUUAUAAACCCCUACAAACACUGAGUGCGUGCUCCAGCAGAGAAACUAACUCAUCAGUGCCGAUAAUGACACACGCAGAAGCUUGUUUCUGUUCUUAUUUCAAGUUUUGUUCACUGAUAAUAUUACUGGAUCUUAAGUAUCUUUCAGAACCCAACUAAUCAAACCAAAGAUGACGAUGACAAACACUCCACCAGGUGACAGAAACCAGACUCGGUCCAGACCAGAUCUCUGGUCUAAAUGAACUCUUUUACUGAAGAAAUUAGAGAUUUUCAUUUUUGGAGUCUGAUUACGUAAUCCAGAUUAGAUGUAAUGAGUUAUUAUUAUUAUGCUCCUGCACUGACUCGGAUCCUCCAGCAUUCAUCUGGCUGGAAAGCUUCAUCUCGCCAGCACUACAAGUAACAGAAACAGAUUAGAUUCAGCAGUGCAUCGCAGAGUUAGGGUUCAGGAGCGGAGCAAGUCUCGCACACAUUCAAGGCUGAACUGCAGGUUGCCAGAUUGAGCACAAAACAGCAACGACAGCAGAAGCCUUGCACACUAUAAUAAAGAUGAGUUACUUUAUAUCUGACCCUGGAGCACAAAACCAGUCAUAAGGGGCAAUUUUCUGAAAUUGAGAUUUACACAUCAUCUGAAAGCUGAAUAAAUAAUCUUUCCAUUGAUGUAUGGUUUGUUAGGAUCGGACGAUAUUUGUCUGAGAUACAACUAUUUAAAAAUCUGGAAUCUGAGGGAGCAAAAAAAUCGAAAUAUUGAGAAAAUCACCUUUAAAGUUGUUCAAAUGAAGUUCUUAGCAAUGCAUAUUACUAAUCAAAAAUUGAGUUUUGAUAUAUUUAUGGUAGGAAAUUUACAAAACUACAUGGAACAUGAUCUUUACUUAAUGUCGCGUCCUCUGUUCACAGCGAUGGGCAGUAUUUCAAUUAAAUGUAUUUGAAAUACGUAUUUAAUUACUAAAUACGUGUUUUGUAAUUUGUAUUUUGCUUGACAAAAAUCAAAUCAAAAGUAAUGUGUAAUUAAAUACUUUGAGAGACAGUAUUUUGUAUUUGAAAUACUCAAAAUACAUGAUCAUAUAGGGCUAGUUCUUUUUUUUCUCAGAUAAUACAAUAUCUUUCUACACACACACACACACAGACACACACACACACACACACACACACACACACACACAGACACACACACACAGACACACAGACACACACACACACACACAGACUCACACACACACACACAGACACACACACACACACACACACACACACACACACACACAGACACACACACACAGACACACACACACACACACACACACACACACACACACACAGACACACACACACACACACACACACACACACACACACUCACACACACACACACACA